AUGGCUGAUGAUUACAAUACAGGACGUCGAGUAACUUCUUGGGAUACAAGUGAUCCUUCAAAACCCAUGAAUCCAUCACAAUUAAUAAGAGAUGUUCCUUCAUUAUCCAUGUCAUCACAAAAUGCUCUCGUACCAUAUUCAAAAUAUACUGGUCAACUUCAUCCACAAUACAGUAUGGAUGAACAACAAAUGCAACAAAUACAGUAUCAAACAAAAUCAUGGAGGCCAUCAAAAUCAAAUCCAAUAAAUAUUGAAACAGGAUCAAAAUCAGGCACAGAAUGGAUAAGCGUAAGUCAUGUUCUAGGUUUUCUUCUGGGUCUUAUAAUCACUGCAGUUCCUUUGGGUAUUAUUGUUACCUUUUUUGCAUUAUUAUCAACAAUCUCUACAGCAAUCAGUUUACCUCCUCAAUGUACAACUUACAACACAAUAAAUGAUGCAACGCGUAUUGUUAAUUAUAGUUCUUGUUGUUGGUGUGACUCUGGUUAUAAUGGUUGGUAUAGAAUAACCGGAUCAUCAGGAACUCAAUUGGUUACAUAUCCUGUUAGUACAGGUUAUUGUGGUUCAAAUCAGCCAUCUUGGUGGAAUGGUACUCAUCCAUCAACUAUUGGUGCAACAACAUCUGGUACCCAAUGUGUUAGUUACAGCGGAUAUCUAUGUUAUUCAUCAUAUUCAAUUAAUUCAGUUCUUGCAACCAAUUGUAGUGGAUAUUAUGUCUACUAUUUACAACCAUUGACUUGCAUCUGUUGUAGCAUCUAUCCACGGUACUGCACGAUGUAA